AUGGAGCUAAAAGACAAUCUGGCGACUGGUGUGGUGUUGAUACCUACGUGCAACAUGAGCAAAGACGGUGAAAUUGUACGGCGUUGGAUGGAAAUGGUCCUCGGUGACAAAAUUUUGAAGGAUCUUCCAGCCGCGCUCUAUUCGGGUGAAUUAUUGUGUGAUUUGAUCAAUAAAGUGUACAAAGCCUUGGGUCUGAAGAGUCAGAUUAGUCUUAUACGUCGUAGUGGAAAUGAAUGUGACGUUGAUGCACGGAGUAAUGUACUCGAGUAUUGUAGAGCUUGUGAGGUACUUGGGGUUACCCAUCAAGAUCUUUUUCAGCCUGAUGAUUUGCUUCAACAAAAGGAUAUGGAAAAAGUAUACAGCAAUAUUCUCGUUCUACAAACGGUGGCCGUGUCGCUGUCGAACCGACGCUCAAUUGAUGAACGCAGUUCGAUGAUCGACCAACCGGACUGGACCUCGAUGUCGGAGCAUGGCGUUUUUGUCGAUGACGAUGACGACGACAUUGGCGACGGCCUCGAUGCUGACAUGAGUCUAGAGUCUCCUGAUGCCGUUCAUAUGCUUCAGCAAUCGCGGUGGCAGCGUUUACUGUUUGAAUAUGAGCACCAGCAACAGUGGAAGGAGGAAAGAGAGGGCGCUGGUGACUUCUCUGCGUCUGAUGGGAUAGGCCCGCUCGCGCACGGCAUUUGGCGAACGGAAGAACGAAUUCGGGCAAUACUCUUGCGUGAUGAUCGCGAUUUUGGUACAGUGCCAGAUGAGUUGCAUGGUAAGUUGUGGAUGCUCGCGUCAGGUGCCCUACUCGAAAUGCGCAAGAACAAGGGUCAGUUUGAACGAUUGUUAGCCUUAGAAUUGAAAAGCACCGAGGCCACACGGCAGAUUGACGUCGAUCUUCACCGAACUGUUGCUGAUGAAGAUAAAGAGUUGUGGACUGAGGAGAAGUCAAGCAUGAUGCGCCGGGUUUUAGUCGCGUAUUCGUUUUACAACCCGAAUCUGGGCUAUUGCCAGGGCUUGAAUUAUAUCGUCGCACGUAUCCUUCACUUUCUUGGCGAAGAAGAAGCUUUCUAUUUGCUCAUUGCGAUCAUUCGGCUUGUCCCAGAUGACUACUACACGACGAUGCUGGGGCUGGCGGUGGAUCAACACGUAUUUGCGGAUCUCGUGCGUCUCCAGUAUCCAGAGGUUUCUGAGCACCUGUCGGAGCUUGGGGGUUCGGGAAUGGAACUCUCACUAGCAUGCACUGAGUGGUUUUUGACCCUCUUUGCUAGUCCGUGUGACAGAAUGAUCACCUUUCAGAUCUGGGAUGCCAUUUUCCUUCAAGGCGAUGAGGUUCUUUUUAGAGUCGCAUUGGCACUACUUCAAAGAGCAAAGCCAGACCUUGUUGCAUGUCACACGUAUGGAGAUAUGCUGAAAAAGUUAAAUGAGCUUGGUAGAGGUGUAAUUAAUGCCCAAGAAUUGAUGAAAAUCUCCAAAAGGCAGGACUGCGUGAUUCGUGGCCGAGUCGAAGACUUUAGAGCCCAUCAUCGUCUACAAUUGGCGUCAGGCGUCGUCGCCUCAACGGUUGGUGCAGAAGAUUCGCGGAGUGGCACAACAGGGCGGCGAAACUCGGAGUCCAGAUCGGAGCCACGACUCAGAGUAUUUGGCCGUAAGAAGCAAGGCAUGUUUCGACACAUGGACAGAAUUCCUCCUCGCUUGGCACGAACUUUUGAUCGAGAUAUAACGGACGAGUACAUGGAGUCCAUUCGACGAGACCACCCCAACUUCGCCGCGUAUUACAAAGGAAUGCAACCCGAAAUUAUGGAAACAUAUUGGGGCUCAGGUGAUAGUUCUCGUCAGUGGGCUGUUGCUCGAAUAGUUCGUCGGGUGUCAACGGAUGGUUUUGCUGUUGACAGCACGCAGGAGAAUGAAUGCUGCCGCAUGAAGUCUGACACAAACUUGACGAGUCACCAUAAAAGUUCAAUCGGGGCAGGCGAACGCGGAUCCGGACUGACGCGUGGCCGUAGAAGCAAAAGUUCAGCCUUUAAUCACGCUACAAAAACUCAAGGCAACAGUGCAAGUAGCACUCCAAACAACCGGCGAGGAAAAGACAACGAUGGAGAUGCUGGACUUGUUGGGCACUCGCCGUUGGCAUGGAUUCAUCGCUUUGAGGAAUGGAAAAGUCAAAAGGAGAGAAAGAAAGCAGAGAAGAAACGUUUACGGCUCAACCAGCGCUCGGAAAGCAUGUUUUCUGGAACUGGUAGUGACCGAGCAGACGCAAGUGUCGCGUGGCUGCGUGGUGCCAAUGAUUCAUCACCGAUUCCGCUUUAUUCUCAGCCAAACAAAUCCGACAUUGAAAGUUUUUCGCUGGGCCUUCGAAGGAGAUCCAGCGACUACCAGCGUUCAUCUAUAGAAAACGUCGCGAUGCUGGAAGAGCCUUCGUUAUCGCGCUCUCUCUCGGACCCAUUCCGGUCCCCUGUAGGCGUCGCAGGACAACAUCAGUGUCAAAUUACAAUUAGAAAAGGUCGCCGGGAUACUGCAUGUGGGCCGAAGCUGCCGCAACAUCCGUUUAGACGUGAUGUCGACGGACUAGCGCAAAAGCCCGAGAUCGAUGAAGUAAGAAAGCUAACUAGGAGCGGCAGUGGACGCCCUUCUCGUGGAUUUAGUGAUCAAAGUACGUUGUCGAGGAGCACCAACUCGUACGUAAACACAGCCUCUUUCACUCUGGAUCCGCAAGAUGAAACACAUGAUGAGACGAGUUCGAAUCAGUUACUCGAUGAGAAGAGCACGAUGCAAGGGCAGGUCACUACGUUGGCACAAGAAGAACAGCCGUUGCCUCAUGAGCUUCUCUACUCUCCAGUCCAGUGCAGACCUAGCUCAAUGGACUAUGAGGUGGAAGCUGCUGGUAGAUGUGCUCCGCCUCGUGUACGGGGAACCGUGGCUGUUCCUGUUGUUGUUAAUGAUAUCAAUGCUCACCAAAAGCGUGUGCUUCAUCCCAAGCGCACAAACGACUGCUCUCAAGCCAUGCGAGAGCGUGCGAACGUUCUCCAGUACAUGCAUCGGAAGGCAAGUGACGCGAGCAGCAUAGCGGGAAGUAUUCCGCGUAGUCCUGCCCGCAUGAGUGAAAGCUCAAGCGAUUCGUCUCGAUUUGGCGAUCAAACGAGCGGCAAGCCGAUGCGUUUUCGGAAUAGCUCCUUCUCGUUCUUUGACAAGCUUUCAAGUGAUCUCGAGAACAGCACUCAUGGUUUGGACAGUCUGGUUGAUGAGGCGGAAUUCAAGACUGAGAGUAUUGGCAGAGGCUCAAUAUCUUCUGUAGCAACUGGUUGA